GCAGCUCAUUGGUCCCCCGCGGCGUGGAAGGCGGGGCAGCGAUUGGCUGGCAAGAGGGCGGCGGGGGCGGGGCCAGCGGCGCUGGAGCAGGAGGCGGGGCGGAGCGUGCGAGGUAGCUGCCUCUGGAGGAAGGUCGGCCAUGGACGUCGAUGCCGAGCGAGAGCAAAUCCGGUGGGAGAUUGAAGAGCUGAAGAGGAGCCUGGAGGAGCUCCCCAGCAUCGAGGUCAACGUGUCGGAUACCAGCCUCGAGUCGGGAUCCAACGACGAAGAGGACACGGAAGAUGACGAUGAGUCCAAUCCUCAAGCUGACACGGAGGGGGACCCAAGGCUGUGGAAUGGGGACAGCGAAGGGGACGUCGACCUUCCUCGGACCCCGGACACCUGCCUGCAGAUGAACCUGGUCUAUCAGGAAGUGAUUCAGGAGAAGAUUGAGGAGAUCAACCUUCUGCUUGCCCAGAACAAAGAGCACCAGGAGAAGCUGACCUGCGAGCUCUCGGGCAGCAAAGGGACGAGAUCGGGCGACGGCAAAGUCCUGCCGGCCAACAUGUUCCUGGGCCACUUCAUGAAGCCCUACUUCAAGGACAAAACCUCCGGGGUGGGCCCUCCUGCCAACAGUGAUGCCCGAGAAAAAGCCAGGCAAGGCAUCAAGUCUUUUGAGGAGCUGAUCACCAUCAAAUGGAAGACCCGGGAGAAGCAGCUGCUGCGCCAGUCGGUGGCCAGUGAUUCUUUGCACCGUCUGCUUCAGCCCAAGCUCCUGAAGCUCGACUACCUGAACGGCAAGCGGGCCAAAACCAAGGACGACGUGGCCAGGCAGAUCUUCGACAAGCAGAUCCAAGAGACGGAGCGCGAGAUCCGCGACAUCAACCUGCUGCCGGAGGGGGCUCUGUUGGGGAACCGGUUCGACAAGCGCGACUGGGAGAAGAUCGCCAACAUCAACUUUGAAGGGACGCGCAACGCCCCGGAGCUGCGGAAGUUCUGGCAGAACUCGGAGCACCCCAGCAUCAGCAAGCGGGAGUGGGGCGAGGAGGAGAUCCAGCAGCUGCAGGAGGUGGCGGCCCGGCACAGCUGCCUGGACUGGCAGGCGAUCGCCCAGGAGCUGGGGACGCAGCGCAGCGCCUUCCAGUGCCUGCAGAUGUUCCAGGCCCACCACAAGGCCUUCAAGCGGAGCGAGUGGACGCCGGAGGAGGACCAGAUGCUCUUGCAGCUGGUGCAGGACAUGCGGGUGGGGGGCCACAUCCCCUACCGGAAAAUUGCCUACUACAUGGAGGGGAGGGACUCGGCCCAACUGAUCUACCGGUGGACCAAGCGAGUGGAUCCCCAGCUGAAGCGAGGAGCCUGGACGCCGGAGGAGGACGCGUUGCUUUUGAAGGCGGUUGCCAAGUACGGCCAGCGGGAGUGGUACAAGAUCCGGACGGAGGUGCCAGGCAGGACCGACCUGCAGUGCCGAGACAGGUACUUGAACUCCUUGCACUAUGACAUCAAGAAGGGGAAGUGGAGCGAGGAGGAGGAGAGGAAGCUCGUGGAGCUCACCGAGAAGUACGGCACAGGCCGCUGGGCAAAAAUCGCUUCCGAGUUGCCCCACCGCUCGGGGUCGCAGUGCCUCAGCAAGUGGAAGGUGCUGCUCGGCUAUAGGAAAAACCGCUCCAGGAAAUGGGCAGAGAAGAAGCCGUCCCGCAAGCGGAGAGCCAGCCCCAGGCCUGUGGAGUCCAGCAGCAGCAGCGGCGGCGGCAGCGAGGACUCGGAGCUGGACCCGGAGCUGGACGGGAGCGGCUCGGAGGAGGAGGAGCCCAAGGGCCGCCCAGCCAAAGCUGCCGCCGGCCAGUGGAGGGUCCCCGGCAUCGACCUGUGGGUCCCCACGAGGAAGGGCCCGGCCCAGCCCAGGCCCGGGGAGCUGGCCUCGGUCACGCUGCUCUCCAAGGGCUUUGAUGAGAACAGGAAGCGGAAGCCGCUCCCCAGCGACGCUCCUGCGGACGAAGGAGAAGGGCCCCUUGGGACGGAGGCCGGGGCGUCGGAACGGGCCCGCGUCGGAGUGGAGGCGGCGGCGGCGGAGGAAAAGGAGGCCAGCGCCAAGUCCAGCAGCAGCAGAAGGGAUUCGUGGAAGGUCUCCCUGGCCUACGUGAAGUCUGUGCUGAGGAGAGAGACCUUUGAGCUGCAGAAGAGAAGCCGAGAACUGCACAGGAGGCGGCGGUUUGACCCGGGGCGGCCCGCGGGCCGUGCACCCCGCGGGAAUCACAGGGGCCCCCCUGCCGGGCAGUGGAAGAUGACGCUCUACCGGAGGCUGAUGAUCGCGGUGACCCCCUGGACCGGCAGCACCGUGCAGGCCUUGGCUCUGCGGGCCAAGGAGGAAGCUUCUCGCAGGUCCAAAGCGGAACUGAUCUUCCAGCAGCUGCAGGCUGCCCGGCUGGCGAGCACCCCGCUCUUCACGCUCUUCAUUCAGCUGCUGCACAUAGACGCGGCCGGCUGCGUGAAGGUCAUCGAGAAGAGGCGGUCCCGGCAGCCGGAGCUCUUGAAGACCUUCAUCGGGAGCACCGAGCAGGCUGCUCCAGCGCGGGACGCAAACGCCCAGCCCAGCCUGCAGCUCAGCAAGAAGUUCAUCCCUCUGAGAGCCAAGGAAGGCCCCGGGGCCCCUCCCCACCCCUGGCAGGCGCUGCUGGCCCCUCGCCCGCCCCAGAAGCCCAAGACCGUCUCGGAGCUGCUGAGGGCCAAGCGGCUGCGGGAAGCGGAGGCCAAGAAGGCCGCCCAGAAGAGGCUCCUGCUGGCCCCACGGCUCCUCCUGCCGGCCCCGGCUCUGGUCCUCCAGCAGCCAGCGGUGGCCCCCAUCGCCUCCCCAGCAGCCAGGCUGGCAGGCCCCACACGUGCCCAGGCCCUGCCCGCACUGGCUUCCCUGCCUCCACACCCCUCGCCUGGCAGCAGCUGCCCCCCCCGGAAGGAGACGGCGGCCAGCAAUGAGAGGGACGGGCCAGAGAGCGCCCGGCCCCGGGAGACCCAGGCGGUGCAAGCUGCCGACGGGGCCCCUCGGUGGCGCCUGCCGCCGGAACAAGCCCAGCUGCCUCUCCAGCUCUCUGUGGCAGCAGCUCCCCGCCCGGUGGCGUCUGGCUCGAAGGAGGGCCCUUGCCCGGGGCCGCGGAGCCCAGCCAGCAGCGUGCCCACUCAGGGGGCCUCCCAGCCGGGCUCCAGGCCCAUCCUGCCUCUGACCUGGGUGCUGAGCCUGCAGGACCUCCUCCCGCUGGCCCUGGUGAGUGUCCCCCCUCCCGGCAAGCAGCCCCCGGGCACUCCGGGCACCCCUCCGGAUCAGGGCCCAGCUGCGGAGGCGCCCCUCCCCAAGACGGCCGCCCCAAGCACGGCCCCGCUUGCGACCCAGCCUGGCGUGCCGUCCCCAGGGGCCCCGUCCAGCAGCCUGCUGAAGGAGGGGGGCCCCCAGCAGACAGAGGUGAGCCUCCCCCCCGCUGCCCCCCAAGAGGCCCAGAGCCGGUUGCCCACGGCCUGCCCCCCGGCGCCCCCCUCGAGGCCCAGCACUCCCCCUCCGGUCCCCCCGUCUGGCAGCGCAGGAUGGAAGCGGCCACCCCAGCCCCACCGCGCUGCCUGCCCUCCAGCACCUCCCCCGCGGGAGGAGAAGGUGGCCCCCGACUACCGCCUCAUCUCUCUGGAAGAAGCCGCGGCCGUGAAGAAGUGGGCCCUGGGAGAGGCAGCGAGGGCCCCGGCCCCGGGCUCUGGCCUCCCCUACCUGCCCCCUUUCCUGUCGAGCCUGCGGACUCUCUCGGCGCUCCUGCUGCACAAGGAGGCCUUGGAGGGCAGCGCAGCCUCCCUCGUGACGCCGGCACUGGAGGAGGAGGAGGCCGGGGGGGCGCUGAGGGCCGCGGUGCAGAGGCAGCUCCGGGAGAACCCCGCCUACCGGCUGCUGAGAGCCCGGUUCCUGGCCGCCUUCACCUUCCCGGCCGCCUUGGCGACGCUGCCCCCUUUCCGGGUGACGACGACGCUCUCGGGGGCCCAGAGCAACCAGGAAGGCGACUCGAGCCUCUCUGAGGAGGAGGAGGAGGAGGAGACCGAGGGGGCGCCUGAGGCCCACCAGGGUCCCGGCACAGAGCGGGCCGCCCCGGACGGGUUGGGGCCCCCCGGCAUCCGGAGGAGCACACGCCUUCGGAAGAGGAGGAGGAGGUGGCCGUGAGGGGAGCAGGCCUCCUGGUGACCACCACGCGUGACGGACGCCCUGCACUGGCCUCGUGGGCGGGGACGGCUGGAGAGAAGAGGAAGGGAGCCGCCAGCACCGGGCGGCUGGACUCCUGCACCUCGCACCAGCCAGCCAGCCAGGC